UACGAGACCAAAGUCGUGGACGGAAUGCGCGAGCUCGAGGUGGAGGAUGACCGGUAGACACGUUUAGAAGAAACCGGCGAGGGGCCAGAGGUCAAAAGUCUCAAGGCGCUCCACGUGAACCGGCCGCUUCCCACCAUGAAGAGGAACGAGCAGAUCGACAUCAGGCGCGACCUCGCUGUGGCCGGCGCCUUCAGCUUCCUGUGCUGCUGCGCCAGGGCCUGCCUCAUCCCCUUCCUCACCCUGUACUUCCGGCAGCUGGGCCUGACCCCCGCCAUGACGGGCAUCGUCAUGGGCACCAAGCACCUCGUAGCGUUGGCGUGGAGCCCCGUGGCGAGCCUGCUCUCCAAGCACUACGACAAGAGGCGCGCCGUCAUCAACGCCUCUCUGGUGUGCUCGGCGGCGGCGGCUCUGGCCCUGCUGCUCGUCCCGCUGCAGGCAGUGCGCCCGCAGGUCGCCGGCUGUAACCGGUCCGAUCCGAGUGGCGGCCCGACCCAAAGUCUGGGCGGCGGCGGCCUGCCCGGCAGCGUUGCGCCCUCGAUGGCGUCAUCGGCUAGAACUCAAACUACCAACGCCAUUACGCCUCCCUUCCAUUCUGGGACCCUUCCUGGGACUAAGAGCUCACCUAAUCAUCAUGAUCAUUCCCACGCUCAGCUGCCCCCAUUGAACGCAACAGUAGUGGUCGAAGACGGCGCCAGAGAACCGACGGUCGGCGCCGCCGUCGUGCACCGCCCCGCCCCCUCUUCAGGAGCUCCAGUGAGGAGCAAGAGGUCAGAGGAGGAGGCGGAGCAAGAGGAGGCGGAGCAAGAGGAGAAGCGUUUUACAUUCCUGGGCAGCCUGAAGGCGUUGGACCCUCAGCACCAGCUCUUCUUCCUCAUCCUCGUCAUCGUGGCGGCGUGGGAGCUCGCGGCGGCCCCCCUGGAGGGCACCGCGGACGACGGCCUGUACGAGUAUCUGGACUCCGCCGACGCCUCUGACCGCCACGGCGGCCCCGCGGUGUGGGGCCUGCUCGGGGCGGCGUGUGGCGUCGGGGGGGCGGGCCUGCUGGUCAGCCGGCUGAGCUGCGUGGUCGCCGGCGGGCUCCCGCGGAGCGCGGCGCACUUCUUCUGCUACGCCGCCGUGGCGGCCGCGGCCCUCCCCGUGGCCGCCCGCCUCCCCCUGCACCUGGACAGGAAGCGGGAUCGGGCCGGCGGGCUCCUCAAGGCGGCGCGGCUGGUGCGCGGCUCGCCCCGCGCCCUCCUCUGCGCCGCCACCGCCCUGCUGGUCGGGGUGGCGAGCUCCGCCGUGGACAACUUCCUGCUGUGGCAGAUGCAGGACCACGGGAGCGGCGAGCUGCACAUGGGGCUGUCGCUGGCCGCCGCGCUGCUGUCGCGGGCCGCCUUCCCGCCGCUCGCCCCCCGGGUGUCCAAGCUCCUCAGCCCGGGCCGCGUGCUCGCCGCGGCGGCCGCGUGCCUCGGCGUGCAGUGCUUCUACUACUCCUUCCUCUGGGGGCCGUGGGCGGCGGCGCCCGCUCAGGCGCUGAGCUGCUUCAGCGGCGGCGCCCUCUGGUGGGCCGUGGGGCGCCAGUGCGAGGACGUGGCCACGCCGGGCGCCGAGCGGAGCGUGCGGAGGCUCUACGGCGCGCUCGCCCUGCAGCUGGGCAGCGGGCUGGGCAGCUUCGCCGGGGGCUUCGUGGCCCAGCGGUUCGGGCUCGCCUGGCUGUUCCGGGGCGCGGCGCUGGGCGUGCUGGCGUGGUGCGCCUGCCUGCCGCUGCUCCAGUUCAAGGCGCCGCGCCAACGCCGGAUCAACUACUCGCGGCUGCUGGCGGCGGACGCGAGCGAAGCCAGCGACACGGAGUCCGAACAGGAGAGAGACUGGCUGGAGAAAGCGAUGGAUGACGACAGAAGCAGAAACAACAACAACAACAACAACGGACGGAGGGUAAACCACUAGCCUCAAGGACCCUUCAGAGAGCGCAGUCGCCCACCACGUAGAAUCAUGCACAUCAGUGUGUAAAUAAGUCAUCAUGUAUUUAAUCCGGUUUAUUGAUGCUCCUGAGGGUUUCCUCUCGGGGGCCCGGAGCCGGACCGUCUCUCUGGAGCCAACAGGAAGCAGGAUGCAGGGCGGCGGGUCAACAGGAGCCCUCUCUGUGAGUGUGUGCUCAGGGUGAGGCCGGCUUCCUGUUUCACCACACCCAGUCUGUUUAUCUACCCCCCCCCUC